UUUUUAAGCAGUUUUUUACUUAAUUAAGCCAAACUCAAAGAACAGAACUCAUCAUAAUUCUUACUAUUUAAGUUAUUUUUUUCGAAAAUUAUUUUCUUAAAUUUACUAGUUUUUGCAUGUUUCAUGCACUAAGAACUCUUGAUUUCAUAUCGGAAAACAGUUUUUGAAAACACUUUGUUUUAAAAAGCUGUUUCUGAAAACACUUCACCAUUCCAGAGGGUCAUCGAAAAGGAGCAAAAUUUGAGUACCCUUUAACGAAAACAAGCGCUUCAGAACCACAAAAUUUCGCCGUAAAUGGCGGACUCAGAUAACGAGUCAGGAGGCGAAAGAGACAGGUCUCAGAACGCCGGCGCGAACUCAACCUACGAGUUAUCUCCGAGAGAACAAGACAGGUUCUUGCCCAUAGCAAACGUGAGCAGGAUUAUGAAGAAAGCUCUGCCAGCGAACGCUAAGAUAUCGAAAGAUGCUAAAGAGACCGUACAAGAAUGUGUGUCGGAGUUCAUAAGCUUCGUUACCGGCGAGGCGUCGGACAAGUGCCAGAGAGAGAAGAGGAAGACGAUUAAUGGGGAUGAUCUUUUGUGGGCCAUGACCACUUUGGGCUUCGAAGAUUAUGUGGACCCACUCAAAGUUUAUUUGCAGAGGUUCAGAGAAAUAGAAGGGGAGAAGGUGGCGCGUGACAAGGACGUGCCUCUGGGUAGUGGCGGUGUUGGUAGUGGUGGUGGUGGUGGUGGUGGUGGUGGUGGGAUGGGUGAGUAUGGGAUGGUGAUGGUGGGGCAUGGAGGUCAUCAGCUUCAUCAAGGCCACGUGUACGGUUCUAGUGGGUUUCAUCAUAUGGCUUUGGGUGGUAGUGGGAUUGGUAAGGGCGGGCCUAAUUUAAGUAGACCCAGGUAGUAAUACUGUAAUAGUAGUAAUAGUAACAAUAACAAUCCAUUAUAUGUUCACAGACUCGUGUACGGUUGUGGUUAGUUUGAUCAUAUCAGUGAUGGACGGCUGAGAUUAUAUCUUAAAAAUAGGUGUGCUUAGCUUAGCUUAGCUUAAUUUUCGUGGAUUGUAAUUUGUAAUCUUGUUGCUCAUGAUUGUGUGUGGCUGUGUGCAUUGACAUAAGUAAAUAACUAAAUAUGCCUUUGAAUUGAAUCGCGUGACUGCAAUGUAUCUUUAAG